GUGCGAGAUUUGUACUUUUCUGCCGAAACGUCCUGUUACUUCCUGGGACUUUCCCACACAGGUUUAACAUGGUGGCCUUAAAGUUUGUUUGUGUGUUUGUUGAAGCGAAAUGAAGAAGAACUUGCACCUUUCUGAAAACGGGUCGAUCGGGAUGUUACCACAGAUUCACGCUCAGGAACCAAAGCGGAGGGUUUUUAAAUUUGCGCAGAUUCAAAGGAAGUUUGGUGUCAAGUUAACAGAAAGUUAACCUAGCAUAAAGCUAAAUAAGCUAAAGCUAACGACAAACUGAGUGGUCUCCCGCUGCAGCUGAACGACAGAGAUGAGCAGCUCCAGGCAGAGAGCCAGAGAUCUAGUGACGGCCUACGAUCACAGUCUGGAGCAGCAGAUUGUGGGACGAGGCUCCAGCCAUGCGUGUGGAGACGAGGAGCUGCUGAGGCACGUGGAGGGUCUGCUGCGGGAGGGAGACGCUCAGGAGACUCACUGCCUGGGUCUGGAUCCACUGGCCGUGAUGGAGGAGUCGCUCAAGGCGGCGACGGCAACGACAGCGGCGCCAACCGCAGCCAGGGGUGUGAAAGUCCAAUCCAGGGGACGACUGCAGGGCCUGGCCAAAGCUUUUGAGGUCCUGGAGCAAGCGUCCCUCAAUCUGUACCUCGGCCCCUGGAGGGACGAGUACAAAGUUGUCAAGAUGUAUUCUGGAAUGUUCACCCACUUCAUCAAACCAGUGCUGUCGAUGCCUCAGGUCGAGAAACUGUUCGGUCUGUUAGGAUACCAGCCCAGCUCGCCUCGACACGAGCAGCUUUUCCUCCAGGAGCUCCGAAUCAGUUCCGCUUCUCUGGACGAUCUCCUCCGCUUGUCUUGUGCCUUCUACCUGGCUCGGUGUGAGUGUCGCCUCCUUCAGGCGGCCCUUGGGAAGCAUGUGGGCGAGGCCCAGUGGGAGCUGAGCGUGGUGAGAGAGAGGCAGAGAGGAAACAGCCUGCAGGUCGCCAUGGACAACACCAAGAAGACCCUGAAAGUCAACCAGCCACGGAUGGAGCCGUUUGAUGGGGAAGUGGACGUGGAUCUGUACACGGACGAGCACCUCAACGGGGGACAGACGGUUCCGGCCGUCAGUGAAGACAAAACCCACAGUGACGGAAUGACAUCUCAGUCGUCCUCACCCGCCUCCCUGCCCUCCAGAGAGCAUGUCUGCAUCACCACCCUCAACUGUCAGCUGACCAAGAUGCCUGUGGAGUCGGUGGUCGGCUCCUCGGGUGUGAAGAAGCCGGGCAGACGUCCGUGUGAGAAGUUUGACAAAGAAGACUGUGAAUCAAACUCGGGCAGUUUGCAGUUAGAAACUGGGAGUCCUCGUAAGAGCGAGAGUGAAGCCGACCACUUCUGCAGCUGCCUCCAGUCUGCUCAUCUUUAUCUCCAACGCUGUAUCCAAUGUAAAACGUUGCACAAUAUCAGCUGUGCCUUGCUUCAGCACUGCUUAAUGGAGGGCCACGCUGUGGUGGUCCCUUACAAUCCUGAAGAUGUCAAAGAAUCUGGAGCGGCGUCGCCUCAAAGUCUCGGAGCGAGCGACAUGAAUGCAUCUCCAGCUCUCACCAUCAUCAGCGCAGCCAGGUCCUCCAUAGUUCUGCGAGAUGACGCCGAAUCCGUCAUCCCUUCUCUCCAUCCAAUCAGCUUCCACGACUGCUGCAACCUCGCCCAGCUGGACCCGCAGGUCCUGUGUCACAGCUGCAGCGUCUUCCACGCCGGCUCCUGCAGAGACCUCGACUACUGCAAGAUCCAGCACACCACAAAGCUGCUGGGAGUGUGUGUCUGCGGCAAGACGUGCUCCAGAAAACCUCUGGUUCUGUGCAGAUAUUGUGGAAUCGAGUAUUGUCUGGACUGUUGGUACAGAAGUCCUGUUGUUUGCACCUGUGGCCAAACGUUUGACCAGUCGUCCUCCGUGUGACUCGUAAAACUAUUGCACUAACGAGGCGCAACGAGCGAAGCCGAAGUGCCUUGAAUCUGCACAAAAUCAAGAACAAUCAAAUCCAAAUGUUGCCUUGGCUCGAUGCUGACUCACAGGUUUUUCUAUCUGUGAUGACUUUCAUUAAUCUGCCAUCCAUUCUGUAAUUAGUCCGACUGACCAGAUGUAGACCGUGGAUAUAAACGUGCCAUCAGACGACUGUUUACUUCUGAUUCUGCCCCCCCCCCCCUCACUGCUUUGCCGGUCACUGCCUCCUGAGCGUAGCUACGACAACACGACUGAUUGUUUUAAAGAUAACAAAAAAGAAACCAGAGCUUUUUUCUUUCACCUGCAGGAGAAUGAUAAUCAGAUCUGACUUUGUGAGACUAGAUCACCACCAUCAUCAGUGUUGUGUAUUGUUGUGAUCUCAGACACUUCAAUGUAACUUGGUGCGAAGCACAAAGUGUGUUUCAUCUGUAUUUGUUGCCUGCAGAGUAAAAAAAGGUCAAUACUUGU